GUGAUAUCACGGGAUCCACCCCCGGACUGGCUGCGGUGUUUGCCUGGUUUGGCUUUGCGCUCGGCCGCUAAUUGGUCCGCGCAUGGCCGCAUUGUCUCUGGCGCAUCUGGCCGAAGGAAAGUCCCGAUUUCUCCUUCAUCCAUCAUCUUCUCUUUGAAUCUCCUUUGUUUGGCUUCUUCAUUUCGACCAUGAUACUUUCCACCUUAUAAGGCUCUCCGUAUAUAGCACAAGGUUAUUUUCUGCAACCUUAUCCACCCGCGAUCACCCCACGACAAACCUUCAUCGUCCAAUCGUCAAGGCAUAAAAAGAGAGUGGCCACCUCGCCUACCUCCAUACUCUCUUCCUACCAGAUUACUAUAUCUGGUGACAGUGAGCUCCAUUAAUCAAAUCACAAUGGACUUUCUCCCAGGUAAUACCUCAAACGCAACCACAAAUACCUCCUACCCCAUCAACACCACCACCACCCUCCCAAUCUCCCCAACCAACAUCAACAUCAACAAUACUAACCACCCACUCACCAACCUAACAGACUCCCUCCUCUCCCUAAUCCAACAACAUCCAACCUUCAAAACCCUCACCUCCACCCCCAUCGCCUCCCACCUCGCCUCCCUCCACACUACCUACCUAACCCCCUACAUCUCCCACUGCCGCUCCGCCUACCUCGACCCCUACCUCAUCCACCCGCUCGCCUCGCUCCUCACCUCCUCCAUGCCAAUGCCCGACCUCGUCUCCAUCUUCAUCCUCGCCCUCGUCCUCAUCAUCUCCCUCAAGAUCCUCGACUAUGCUCGCCGUCUCGUCAUGUUCUGGGUGAAUCUUGCCCUGAGGUUGCUGUGGUGGGCGCUCGUGCUGGGUGCUUUGUGGUAUGUUUAUUCCGUUGGGAUCGAGAAGACCGGGAGGGAUUUGGGGUGGCUUGUUGGUGUUGCGGGGGGGUUCGUGGAUGGGUUUAGGGAUGGGGUGGAGGGCGGGAGGGCUGUUACGGGGUCUGGGGGUGUUGGGGGGUAUGUGACGGGGACUAUGGGUGGGGCGGGGAGGUAUUAG